AAAUCACAAUAGUCGCGUUUGAUUAAUCAGUGCGAUAUUGAGAAGAUUGGAUAACGAAUUGCCUGAUGCCAAACCCAAACUAUUUAUAUCAUCCGUCGAUAAAGUAUUUCCCAUAAUUCCUUUCUCUUCAUACAAAAUGGAGGACCUUGUGGUCGAGGUCUGCGGCGCUAACGGUGCAUAUUACAAGGCUUACGUGAAGAAUAUACAUGAAGAAACACUGAGUGUGCAAUUUGAAAAUGAUUGGCAACCAGAACAACAAAUCAAGUUCAACUGUGCAAGGCUGCCCCCGAAGUUGGUUGUGAAAAGGACUGAUUAUGUGGAAGGUGAAAUGGUGGAGGUGUAUUCCCGGGCUAAUGAGGCAGAAGAGUAUGGCUGGUGGCAAGCUCGUGUCAAAAUGCUCAAAGGAGAGUUUGCAGUGAUGGAGUUUACUGGAUGGGACACAUCAUCAUAUACAGACAUAGUCCCGCUGGAAAGGAUAAGAACUAUUAAUUCUAAUAAACCUUUAACAAAAACUAGCUUUAACAAGUAUGUCAUAGAAAUUCCUGCAGAUUUACGGGAAAUUUGUAAGGAUGAAAAUGCUCACACAGAAUUUAAGAAGCACUGUAAUGCUGUGUCUGUAUCAUACAAUGAUAAUGAAGGUACACUUGUUGUUUUGUCUACUAGUGACUCUGUCAUCAAACGGGCGACCAUGUUAGGGGACAUGCACUUGAGGAACCUUCGACAAAAAUUGCUUCUGAAACAGAGGACAGAAGAGGCUGUUAAAAGGCUACAGAAUACUAAGAUUCGGUCAGGUUACAUGGAGGAGUUUACUGUAAGAGAGGACCUGAUGGGCCUGGCCAUUGGUUCCCAUGGAGCCAACAUUCAACUGGCUCGUCGUGUUGAUGGAAUCACAGGAAUUGAACUUGAUGAAAACACAUGUACAUUCAAGGUUCAUGGAGAUUCGCAAGAAUCUGUCAAAAAAGCACGAAGUAUGCUUGAAUAUGCUGAGGAGACCUUUCAAGUUCCAAGAGAGCUAGUUGCUAAAGUUAUAGGUAAAAAUGGCAAAAACAUACAAGAUAUUGUGGACAAAUCAGGAGUGGUGAGGGUUAAAAUUGAAGGUGACAACGAAAGUGAAACUCUCCGAGAGGAGUAUGACGAUUGGAGCGCUCAGGUUCCCUUGACUGGUCAAGUGCCUUUUGUAUUUGUUGGAACGACUGAAAGUAUAGAGAAUGCUAAAAUUCUGUUAGAGUAUCACUUAGACCAUUUAAAGGAAGUAGAACAAUUACGUAAAGAAAAGUUAGAAAUAGACCAACAAUUAAAAAGUUUAUCAGGGGCACAACCUGGGCCCUACUUUCCCCCUCCACGGGAACGAAGAGACAGUAAUGACCCAUACUCGGAUGAACGUGGAAGGCGGAGAAUGUCGGGUGGUCGAGGUGGAAGGGGGCGUGGGCCUGGAAGACGCUGGGCCAAUGAGAGACGAAGCUUGAUAUCAGGAGAUGAGAGUGGUCAAAAUGUUACGGAUUGGUCAGCCGAAGUGACAGCAGAAGAACAGAAGCACACAGGGUACCUAACCGACAGUGUUCUGAGUGGUCGAGGACGGGGUGGCCGUGGUGGCCGUGGCCGAGGGCGUGGUUAUGGUGGCUAUCCCUCCUACAGGACUGUGGCUUAUGACUCUGAAGAUCCGCGGGAUCAAAGGUCCCGAAGGCGUAUGACAGAUGAUGAUGAUACUGUCCUUGACAAUGCCAGUGUAAACAGCCAGGAUCAAGGUAUACAUGAUGAGCGACGACCAGAGAGGCGGAGACGUAGAAGGAGAAACAAGUUUCGUGGAAGCAGUAGUGCAGCCUCUGGGACUGAAACGGACAAUAGUGUAUCUAAUUACCGCCCAGGGGGUGGACCCAGUGGUCCACGUCCUGGGAGUGGGCCCACUGGGCCCCGUCCAGGGGGCGGUAAUGGCAACAAUCUUAUCAAGACUGAGAAUUCUAAUAUGCCUAAUCAGAUGCCCCGCCCCAAAGUUGAAACAGUCACAUCGCCAGCAUCAGCCCCGCCUCCUCGACAGACACAGUCACCUUCUCGUCAGUCACCUGGCCCUGGUAAGUCAUACCCUCAGUCUAGCAGCAAACCAAACACUCCUAGCAGCCAGAGCAAGGGGUCCCAGGGGCCACCCAACAAGGGUCCUGCACCUAAAGAACAGAGGGAGCCAAGGAAGAAUGGAGGAGGGUCUAACCAACGGUUUCCACCUACAGCAAGAAAUGGCAAUCUACAAAGUGGCAGUGAGACUGAAUCAAAAGCCAAGGGAAGCUAUCAAAAUGGCAACAACAAACCAUCUGAACACAUGGUGAAUGGAGAGUAGGUAUAACCCUAGUGGGCGUCUCCAGGAGUGGGUGUGGUCAUGUGCCGUAUGCCCAGGGGCACGCCCCAUCGCCAACAAACUGCUGUCUGUUUGCCUCUGCUUCACACCCGUAGUCACGGCCUCCCUACUUAGUGUUGACAGACCAGGCAUGUCACACCGGAUGAGUCUUUAACACCGGAUUGGAAAUUAAUGAUCAACUUGUAAGAAAAAAUUUGAGUUACAUCAUUACCAGAGAUAUUCAAAAUGUGUGUCAAAACAGAUGCACAGAUUGUUCUGUUUUCUCAUCAAAAGUGAAUAAUACAACAUCAGAUCCAAGGAUUUCAUGAAUACUGUAUUUAUAAUACAAUGCUUGAUACCAUGAAUUCUUAGAAUAUUACUAUGUCACUACAUUGUAUGUGAAAUAUUUAUGAUAUAGGUGAUACAUGGAGUGUACUGUACAGUGUGUUGUGUGACCGGUGGGUCAAUCUCAGAUCUGAAUGCAGAAAGAAAUAGAACAGAGUACACACUUACCUCCCCUUGACUAUAGUUGUAGGUACAGGGUUGGGAUGUAACUUGAGUGUCAUUCUAGAGUGAUAUAAAAGGUCUUGGACUUUCUCAAUAAUAUUUUUUGUUAAUGAACAAAUUUCUCUGAAAAAAAUUGCUGUGGCAGCAGUUUGAAAAAGUUAAAAGAUGACAAAAAUGACAAUAUGAGUUUGUUUCUAGUUGUUUAUCAAGGCUAACAAACGUGCAGGACAGGGUAGGUGAAGUGAUUGUAGCUACUUACAAUCACCGGGAAUGGUUCAUUGAAGGAAAUUGUUAGAAUGAAAUCGAUUUUAGUAUGCUUGUACCCUUAUUCAAAUAAAGCUGUGUUUUUGGCAGGUUGGUUUACAGUUUAAAGAUGGACACUGGAUUUAAUUUGAUGUCUUUCUACUAUCGAGGAAGAAAAUUUAUCUGAUGCUUCAAAGCAUUAAUGAUGUGAACACAGAAGAGAAUACUUUGGGUACAGAAAUGAACAUCUUUGUUUACAUGUUAAGUAAACAACAUUUGUAUGGUACGAUAACGACUUGGAUUAGGUAAAGAGAUCUAGGUAUCCUACCGUGACCCCAUGUUCGGGUGGUCACUCUAACAUAACCAUGUGAUGCAUUCUGGUUAGUUAGAGGUCAAACACACCACUGUACAAUGUAUAUAGUUUAACCCAACAAUCCCAUCAGACCCAUCAAGAUUGGUACAUGUCUAUGAGCAAAUGUCAGACCGGUAUCCAAUUAAUCUCGCUAUCAUAUCACAUUAGUUUUCAUACAUACAUGAUAUAUUGUUUUGUGAAAGAAGAUUUUAGUGAUCAUUUCAGAUAUUUGCAAAGUAAAGCCAUUUCUAUCAAAGCAAAUAGCUUACAAGCUUUAUAAUUGCUAUUUGGAUUUUUCCAGAAAUACUAACAUGUGUUUGGUUAUUCAUAUAUAUCUUGAAUAUUGAACUUUCAUUUCUUUAUUUAUUUCAAAAUUGUAUUUUGGGUCAAAAAUUUUCUUGUAGACUAGAAUUAUUGUAUAGCAUAUCAGUGUCAUAGUUUAAGAUCUCUCAGUUACAGAAAACACAGGGACAUACCUCUAAUUUAAAAGUCUGACCUUUGCUCUGAGGCAAUGUAGCUUGGAUUUGACACCUGUUGACAACUGUAUUACAGGUAAAUAUUUUUGUUCCUGAGUUGUGUGAGACGCAGAUUCUGGUGUCCAGUUAUACACAGGGGGUUUUAACAUGUUUGUAUUAUUUAUUAAAUGAAUUUGUGAUUUCUUCCAUAGGAAACAUUUUACUGUUGAAUUUUUUUUUUCAUUAUUUUAAUUAUCAUAUAGAAUAAUUGUCACAUGCAUGUAUAUAUCUUUGUGUGUAUACAGUAAGAUAAAAUCAGUAUGUCCUUACAGUUCCAAAUGAACGUUAAACUGUCUUCUGUGUACUUUGUUCUAGUGUUGUGGUAAACUGUUUCAUUGUUUUUUCCAGUAUGGUGCUUCCCACCCCCAAAAUGAUCUUUUGCGUGGCACUUUUAAGACUUUGUGUUUCCAGCCCGUCCUCUGCCUGUACACCUGGGCAGAUUUUUGCUUUUUUGUUAAAGAUUAUCUUAAUUGGUCCUUCUUAGUUAACUCAGUUUAUAUUUUUGACACUUGUUAUUUACUGAUAUACCAGUAAUUAGGAAAUUACUUACCAAUCCCCCAUUAGGUUGCCAAAGAAUGUGAUCAUUGAUGAAGAAGAGGAAUUGUACUUUUGUCAUCAAUGAUCCAUUUACAAUUUUUUUUCUGGACAGUAUAUUCUAAAAUUUUGUGAAGAUUUACUGUUAGUCCUACACUCUGAGUGAUUUGGCUGAUGAAAUACUUUUCUGGGGACGGAUGUCAUGUUGAUAUCUUUUAAAUGAUUUGUCAGAUUUUUUGUGUGAAAUAAAUAGACUCAUUGUCUCAGAUGUGUAACUCAGAUAGUUUCAGGCAUACAGUAAUAUUCACCAUCAAAUUAAAAUGUUUUACCUUAAUCACUUUUGUGGAAUGUGAAUUAAUAAAGGUUCAUUAAUAUUUCCACAGAAUAAAAUAAAACACAUACUGUAAUACAUCUGAUAGAUUAAGUUUCUCACAUUUUAAGUGUUUGGAUAUAAUUCAACAAAAACAGUAGUAACUACACUUCAGAAAAAAAAAAUUAACAAAAUUGAAAAUUAAUUGUUUCUUUCCAGAGAAAGAAUAUCUGAACCAGAAAAGAUUUCAAGAUACUUCCUCUCAUAUACGUAAUAGAUAAAUACUCAAAAAGAUAGAAACAGAUAUGCAAUAGACCUUGUUUUUCUUCAAUGCUCUUUUGUUCUUUAUGAUCUGCCAAACACAAUAUCGAAGUUUCACAUCAGGCUAAUGUUAGCCGUUCCAACCAUUAAUCAAGUUAUUCUACUGUUGUUAUGUUUUCCAAAAAUGAAUCUGUCGUUUUUGAAGAGGUUCUUAUUAUUGUGUGUGCAAUUCUUUGAGUGAUAAUGUAAUAUUUGGGUAGUAUCAGGACUAGGGUUGAUUUUGUAGCACAUAUUGUUUUAAAUCUUAUGUUCAGAGUUUUUUUAAUUGUGUUUUUGAUGUUUUCAUUCUUAGCUUGUUCAAAUACCAUUGAUGAUUUAAUGAAAUUUUAUUGUGAAAACGAUGAUCAAUUUGAUAAACAACAAAUUGAGUCUAUAUAAAUGAAAUGUAUCAUUGUCUGAAAUGUUAUGAUUAAAUUUAGAUUUAUUUCAGUCUUUGCAUGUAUUUUUGAGUUAUCUUUCUUUGGUGUCUGCUUUGUGUGGUUGACAGCGUUUACAUCUGUACAAAUUGUAUUGUACAUAUGUGUUGGAGAUGGUUGAUUGUGUAGGCAUUGUAAUAAGUUCUAUAUUGGUCACAUGUUCAUUGAUUAGGUUGGUAAAAGUUUUCCAAUGUUGUAGUGUUUAUUUUUUGUCUUCUGAGUUCAUACUAUAAAUAAGAUCACCACAUUUGUAUUCAAAGAAAAUUGAAAUGUUAGAUUAUCAGAGAAGUUUAAGAAUAAUAACAGAAGACUAAGUAUAAGAACUAUUUGUGUUGUGAUGAUUUAAUAUCUAAAAAAAGAUGAAGGAUAACACAAAAUGAAAGACAACACAAUUCUUAAGGUCUGUAUCUGAUAUGUCAACGACUUAGUAAAGUAUUGUUCUAAAUUUAACAUGAUUUAUAAAUGCAGAAUAGGAUGAGUUCAAACCUGUUAUAGAGGCAUAUGCAUAAAGCUAAUGAGUUUAGCUCUAUAAACUAAAAAUUAGUGUCGGAUAUAGACAGAAAUCAGGUUUAACUUAGUGCAGAACUUUUAAAAAAUCUUUUAUCUCGAGGGUUGAGGUUUAACUAUUUAAGUAACACAGAGAGAUGAUUUUUUUUCUCUCGCACUUUCCUAUAUCUUUUGGAGUUGAGAAAUGUUUCUAGCUCAUCUGACAAAAGAGCCACUGGUCACAUUUGGUUGUAUUGUAUAUUUAAUAUGGCUCAGACAUAUAAAUGAAUUUUUUUGAUUCCAUGACAUUAGAAAUAAAUGUUUCACAUGAUUGUGUUGUUGGUUUAUAAAGUUUUAAUGAUGUGUCAAACUCAGUUCUAGAAGUUUUCAAAAAUGACUGCUUCAUCAAGUAAAUCCUUACACCCUUGUUAGCACAGCAAGAGAAACAUUGUUCAGUUGGAUGUUUAAAUUUUAAUUAAAUGUUUGAUUGGAAUACAUUUUUUAAUCUUUUAUUUAAUAUUUGUGUGAAUGUUUUAAAAUGUUAUUUGAUUGUUUUUUAAAUAAGUGGUAAUGACAAUGAUACAUAUUGAUAUGCCAGAACCAGGCCUACACUCUGGUAGACUGGUUGGUGUUAAACUUUUUACCCAUAGCAUAAUGUCCAUGCGAUUUUAUCGGUGUUCAACAAAGUUUCACACCUACGUAUAACAUGGCAUUAAUCAGAAGUUCUUUACAUAAAGUGUUUUGUUGACAUUAGCUUUUUUUCGCAAGAAUUAUAUCUGUCACUGUACAUCAGAAAUAUGUUUAGUCCCUAUACAUUAAUUGCUCUCCAUAGAAGGUUAAAGGUCAUAAGAAAUUUAAUGAUUUUUUUUUACUUGCGAUGUUGAGGUUAACAAUAAAAAAAUAAUACAUAUCUGUAUAUGAACUGUAAAUCAUAUAUUUUCGUAAGGCUCAAAUUUAGUUUUUUUUCUGACUUUUCCAGAUGUUUUUAUUUUUGUUGGCACUUGAUUUUGUGGUUAAACCUUACUUCUAAAAUCCGCUAAUCCUAUAACCCCCUAGAUUUACCCAUGAAUUCAACAGAAAAUAAUCCCCCGCGAAAAUUAAUGAUUUUACAGGAAGUAUAUAAAUGAUUAUUUAUAUAGAAGUACAUUCUUUAUUACUAGUAUUUAUUAUAAGGUAAUACUUGAUAUCUUGAUUGUAUGAAAUAACAAGAGGGUAAAAUCCAACUACCUUUUUGUGAGCGAGUUUUAAUUUCAAAAAUUUUCACAUGAUUACUUAUAGAUACAAAAUUCUUACUGUUUGUGAAUGCCUUUCCCUGCAGAUCACAGAGAUUUGGCAUGAAUUCCCGACCCAUGGUCCAUACAUAUGUAUUGUAGUCACUGUGACACACAUAUAUGGACAUUGGGUCCAGAAUUUGUACCAAAUCCCUGUGCUACAGCUGAUGGUCAGCAACUGACUAAACAGAAUUUAUAAUGUAUUGUAAGGGAAUGGCUAAUUUCAGAUUUCCAAGUAAAGACCAACUUUUUGUUUUGCUGAUAAUCCUAGAUCUGUUGUACUGGCAUACAGUAUAGGGUUUUACAUAGCACUGACAUGACAGCAUAUGCACAAGUGAAAGAUACAAGGUCCUGAGAACUGGGGCCUAUUCAUUGAUUUUAAAUUCAAGAAUGGCAGGGCUUUAUUAUUAAUACAGGCAUUUGACCCCAAUUUUUUGCAAAUGACUAGAAAAAUGACAUACUACCAAUCUUUGUAAGACCAUCAUGUGGUUUUGGUUUUUAGACCUUGUGUAGGUGACUAGACCAUUACAUACCCAUUUUAUGUGUUUUCUGAAUAAUAGAUCCUGGUUUGUGUUACUGUUGAAUAUUGUAAAAAUAGUCCUAUUGUGUCUUUUCUGAGAUAGCACUGGUUAUAAGCCUAUGUCGGAGGAUAAACCCACUCAUACCUAUUUCUGUUCAGUAGAAUAGAAUGUACCAGCAUAAGCUAUUUAAUUGUCCUGUAAUAAGCCCACCCCCUGACUGACACAGAGGUGAUGUUUUGUUCCCUUGGUCACAUUGCAGGAUAAAUAUGGAAUACAGACACAUAGCCACAGUCAAAACGUUUACCGUCUAACAACAAAGAGAUUUAGUCCAGCGUUGUGAGGAUUGCCUCCGAGCCUAUAGUUCAUACCAAGCCUGCUGUAGAGCAUUGAUCAUAUUUAAUGUGUAACAACGCGAGCAAGGUGUUCAAAGUGGUACCACUAAUACUGAUACUAAUCUUAGUAUUUCCAGGUGUUUUGAUUUUGAUUUUAAAAAAUGUCAUUUAAAUUAUAAGUUCAUGUUUACAAGGUUUUAUAUUAUUGGAAGUUAUUGUUUUAAAAUAAAGAAAUAAAACUGAAGACAAAAUAACAUUCUAAAAAGUACCACUUUAGAAUUAGAAUUUGAUAUAUUAAAACGCUUUGAACAAAUUGGCCCUGUUGUAAACGAUGUCCUGGAUUUUACCAACAGCUAUGAGAAUAUGAUAUUUACCUAACCAUUCAACCAUUUGUGUGUCAUGUAUUGUUGAAGUAUGGUACCAGACAAGGAUCCGAGAGGGGAUUACUGGCAAUGUCAGUUGUUUGAUUUUAUUUAAGACUUUGUGCCAGAUGUAUAUUUCAUUGUUUUAAGGUUUGUAUGCAAGGGCUGUCAUCAAUCAUUCACAGAGUUAGCAAAUAUUUGCUUAUAUGAAUGAAUUUGUGAUCCCGAGAUGAAUGCCCGAAGGUCAAGAGAAUGUUCUACUAACUUGUAGCUGUACAGUGAAACAGUGUUUGAUUUUUUAAGCAAAAUAUGGAAUAGAAUCAUCAACAAUAAUAAAAAAAAACUAAUACUCAAA